AUGGGUCGGACGAGCCUCACCCUCCAGGACUGGAACGAUCCCGAGGUGCUGGAGAUCCCGCAUUGGCUAAAUGGGAUCAUCAUCUCGGCGCUCGUCAUGUCCGUCAUCUGUAACAUCUGCGUUCUCUUCCGCUUUUUGGAGCAGCACGUCUAUCACAGCGUCGUCCUUUCGCUCAUCACGGCCACCAUCCAAGAUAUACUCUGUAUUUGUGCUGUUGUCCCUUUUGGCAUCCUCUAUCCACUCUCAAAGGGCUAUGCGUACCUCGAAGGUUUCUGGACUAUGCUCGCCUCCAUUCUGUUCAGUUUCCUUGCGACAAUCCUCAUCUCAAUUGAUUUUCACCGGACGCCUAACUUCCGGCUACAGGGUUCAGGUGUCACCCACAAGCAGCGAAUUUUGAUCGCGGAGGCCAUGUCGCUCUGCUUCUAUUUGGCCAUUGGCGCCUUGAUUUUCAUCUAUCUGGAAAGGUGGACGUUCUUGGAUGCCUUGUUCUUUGUGAUGGUGACGAUUACGACGAUUGGAUUCGGAGACAGGGUGCCGCAGUCAACGGGUGGCCGUAUCUUUGUUGUUGUCUAUGCCGCUGGCGGAAUCGUACUUUUGGCAUUGGCUAUCAAUGCAAUUCGCUAUGUCAUCGUGGAAGAUCUACACCGACGGUUUGCAGCUCGUUCAAAGGAGCGCAAGGCCAAGCGCGAUGCAAGGCGACGAGAGCGUCGAGACCAGCGUGCCCGUCAGGAGGUGCAGCGACUGCGACUUCAGCAAGCGAUAGAGCGAAUUCAGCAGAUGGAUGCGUCACAGCCACCGGUCGGUUCAGGAACUUCGACUACACCAGGAGCACCAGGAACAAAGCCCAGCCCAAGCGGCACAGUGAGCGAUUCGCACUAUUUCAUUCACUUUCCUCGCCGCUUUAAUGUUGCCAAUGGGGGUCGACUACGUCUUCCAGGCAUCUUUACUCGCAGUAUAAGAGGUUCAGAGCCCAAGUCUGUCGACGGCACUAACUCUCGACAGCGCGACGCAUUUAAUAUGACGCAGACCGACAAUCCAUCUCAGGGUGCAAUCGAGAUGCUUAGGACACCGGGAUCCAACAUUUCACGGUACGAGCAACCUGGAGCCAAUGCCAGGGAAGUUUCAUCGGAGUCUCAGGCAGGAGCGGCUUUGCGGAGAACCCCCUACAAUGUCGACGACGAUCUUCUUCGUUACGCCACCGUCUGUCCCGGAUAUUCUUGCGGCUCGACCCAUGAAAAGUCGUGGCUGGAUCGAUUUCGGUUCUUCCGACGACCACCUACUCAGGAGGCAACGCAACCGACAACUCUGGAGGAGCAGCGGGAAGCCGACAAGAGACAGGCCUACAAGGAAAGCAUGGUGGAGUACCAGCGACGACUCCGGCUGAGCGCUGCCAUGUUCCUGACCUUCUGGCUGGUUGGAGCCGUCAUAUUUACGUUUGUCGAGUCUUGGAGUUUCGGGGCAUCGGUGUACUUUGUCUUCAUUGCCUUUUCCACGGUUGGUUAUGGAGAUUUUGUGCCCAAGACUAUGGCUGGACGAUCCAUCUUUUUGGCCUAUUGUCUCGUUGGUGUCGUCACAUUGACUUCGUUGGCGUCGUUGAUAUCGGAGGUCCUGAACAAGUCAAUGAGGAAGCAUGUAGUUGAGACGCAACUGAAAAGGUCGGAACAAUUGGAAGCUCUGGACGAUGAACGAGGUGGUCACCAAGACGACGACACGGAUUUGGACCAUGGAACUUCUCGGACCGGUGCCGAUGUUGCUGGAUCGUUUAGAGGAGGAGCUUCUGAUACUGACGGCCCCAACGGUACUGCCGCCCAAACGACUGAAACGGACGACAAAUCCUGCCAUGGCACACUCCAAAAUCUCGUCAAGGUCUCGAAGAGUUUUGAUGAGAUACUUCGUAAGAUUCUCGGGCUGGAGUACACGGAUAACGAGCGAAGAGUCACCGCUUCGAACAUUUCGAGACUGCCUUCGCGAACUCUACCUGCAAACCCCAAUCCUGGAGCAAUCGUCACCUACCUAGAGGCAGAAGAGGAUGAGUCCGAGCCUUCGUUCCUCAGUCCUUCGAUAUCCAUGGACAUCACCUCGACAAGCUCAAUUCACCGACAUUCUUUACGACCUAUGAUGCACGGGCGACGACACUCCCAUGACCUUCAGUUCGGAGAUACAUUCCAUGGCUCUGGAUCCACUUCACUGAGGGAUUCUAAUCGCCUCAACAUCACGGCGUGGCCUUCCACAAUGGCCCCAAGCAAUGUCACACAGCUUCGCCGAGGGCAAAGUCGCUCACGCAGCCAGUCAUCCACUCCUCCGCCAGCUCCAGAUGUUUUGCAGAUUCCAACGUCUGUAUCAGCUCCGCAACAUACCAAGGACAGCAUGAUCACCAUCCCUGCGGUCCAGUGGCAGAGCAUGCUUGAGUACUCGAAGCGAUUCAAGGCUCUGACACUUGCCUGCGAGGAAGCAUUGCAGAAGGUAGCAGAAUGGGAGGUUUCGGAGAAGAGGCUACGCGAGAAGCGAUGUGAGACAAGAUUCCGGCAGAAGCGUCAGAUCGAGGAGCGUCGCAAGCGGUUGGAGCAGUUCAAAGGAUCCCAUGGAGUGGCUGAUGAUGAUACAGACAACGAGGAAGAGUUGGAGGAAUUGGACGAAUGGGAUGAGGAAGGAAGUGAUGAUGAUGAGGACGACGAGGAUCUAGACAAUCAACGAGCCCGAAUCGCCUCUAGACUGUUGGGACCACCUUCUGCGAUUCCCAGAACUCGAUCAAGUCCAAGUCGGUUGCGGCGACAGAUCCAUCGCCGCAGUAUCAACCCCGAUUCGCUUCAACUUCGCACACCGCCUGAUCCUCCGAUGCGGACGCCACAUCCCCAUCCCCGACAGCAUCGCCGUUCUAGAUCACGAGAGCGUCACCGUGAUCAAGCACAUCGACGCCAACAAGAUCAGGGCCCGAAGCAGGGUGGAGCUCAGCAGGCUAUUGACACUCGGAAUCAUGUGCUGUUGGAUGUCCCGCAUAUGUCAGAGAGACCUGAGCCGUUGGAGACUCCUGUGGCAAGUUCGCCGAGUGAAGAUGGCAGUGAUCCCCCUUCAUUCGCAGAUAACCCCUCAAAUGAAUCCAGGGAUCCUGCCUACUUUGGCUACUAUGCCAUGCUGCAGCACCAGCAAAACAUGCUUCAGGACACGGUCAGGACAUCGACUUAUCGCAACGCCAUCUUGUUGAACACCGAGUGCUUCGAGGAUAAGCUUGUCAUGGAUGUUGGAGCUGGUUCGGGUAUCUUGUCUUACUUUGCGGUUCAGGCUGGAGCAAAAAAGGUCUAUGCGGUCGAGGCUUCGGAUAUGGCUUCGAAGAUGAAGAAGCUAGUCAAGGCGGCCUCUUUGCCUAACGCGAAGAACGUCUUUUUGAAAGAUCGCGUCGAAGUCAUUCAAGCCAAGAUUGAGGAUCCCAGUGUCAAGGCUCCUAAAGUCGACACUAUCAUUUCAGAGCCCAUCGGUGUCUUGCUGGUUCACGAGAGGAUGAUCGAGAGUUUCAUCUAUGCCCGUGACACGUUCUUGAAGCCAGGUGGAUACCUCUUCCCCAACAAGGGUACCAUGUACUUGGCCCCUUUCACCGACGCUCUCUUGUAUACUGAGACUAUGGGCAAGGCGCGUUUCUGGGAGCAGACCACCUUCCACGGUGUUGACCUCUCGCCCCUCUACCCCGACGCCAAGGCCGAGAUGUUUGGCAUGCCGGUGGUGGGCCACUUUGACCCCAAGUCGCUUUUGGCGACACCAACUUCGGAUGCAGAGGGCUUUGAGAUGGAUUUCAACACGAUUACGAUGAAGGCAUUGAGGGACUUUGUUGUGCCAAUUUCAUGGAAGGCUCAGUACACAGGAUUGAUGCACGGAGUUGCAGGAUGGUUUGAUCUGCUAUUCUCUGGAAACACCGAGUCCGAGGCCAGUCAGCCUGUCGAGAUGUCCACGGGACCUAGCGCGGAGAAGACACAUUGGCAGCAGGUCCGGUUCAUGUUCCGGGAACCCUUGGCUGUCAAUGCUGGACAGACCAUUCGGGGAUGGAUGCACUGUGUCGUCAACGAUAUGCGGUCGUACACAGUCGAUAUUGAGGUCAUUGCGGGACAGUAUGGCGAGUUGUCGGAUCCUAGCCAGCCCUUUGAGCCUCUAUUGGAGCAGCAGGCUAAGCGGCAGGGUCAUGCACGGACAUCAGAGUCCGAGGAACAGGAGGAAGAAGAGGAGGAAGAAGAUUUGCAGUUCUCGAGGCGGAGAGGACGCUGGGAGUUGCAUGAGCAGAGCUACAACUAUUCGUACACUGGAUCGACCAAUGAUAUGUUGACCAAGCCUGAGCACCUGUGCAUGUACGAGCCCGAGAAUGUCGAUGAUGCCUAUGGUGGUAUUACUUACACCGUUUAG